AUGACAUCAUUAAAUACAUCAUCUUCGCAACAUUUUACUCCUUAUUCUUCGAAUUGUAUUUACUGUCCAACAGAUUCAUAUUCAUGUGAGCAAUGCCCUUACUCUCAUUAUCCACUUUCACCAACAUCGCCUUCUCAAUAUCCUUUCUUUUACAAAAACAUUUCUCCCGAAUAUAACCAUCCGCAUUAUAACCAGAUCUCACCAGAUUAUCCACCAUCUCCACCAUAUGACGAAUUACAACAAACUGGGUUAAAUCAGAAAUAUCAAUACAAGUCACAAGGAAGAAACAUUUAUAACCCUUACUUCGAUGAUAGUGCUGAUAACCGUAUGAUUGAAAUGACAAAUAGGUGGAUGAGAUGUAGCAGAGAAUCAGAGUAUAAUGCCGAGUUUAACCAAAAAGGAGGAGGCUUGGGAGGGGGUCUGAAGGGGACAGUUAAUGCGUUGGAGGCUUAUGAAUUUUUUUACGAGACGGGGGAUAACGCUAAGGCGGCUAUUGAACGAUUUACAAUGCGUCCGCGAAGUCCUUGGACUCAACAGGAUGAGACAGCAUUAAAAGAAGGAAGCUUGACAGGAAACGAAGAGGAAAGUCGGUAG